AACCAGGAAACAUCGUAAACCUUUCAGUCCCCGUUGGACAUGGCAAUGCCUUAGGGAAGACCUCUACGAGCUCCCAGGCUUAAGAGCUGCCUUGGGUGUAACAAUGGCUUAUUGUAGCAGCACGGAAAGAAUGUGAGCAAAGGAGCUGCUACGGGGUGUGGCCAGGUGAGAGCAGCCAGCCCUCUCUACCUGCUCAGGUGGCUUAGCUUUUAAAGAAGCUGAAAAGUUAGCUCAGCAGACGAGCACCUGCUGGAGCUGUGUGUGCUGGGUGGUAGCUGAGCAAAGUGGAAAUAUGUUUUGCUAGAGGGAGCGUUUGUAGACACGCCGGAGAAGGCAGCAGUCAGGAUGAAGAAGAAUCACUCUGUGCAGGGGACUAUUAGCAGGCUCUUCGGGAAAAAACAUGCCAGCAACAAUUCCACCACUUCCCUCUAUGCCACCAACCCCCCCUGGAUCUUCACUCAGGAGGUCACCACUGACAACCUGGCGAGAACUGGUGAAGUGGAUGGCAUCUAUUAUGGGGAUAAUCGCUUUGCUUCAGUGACAGAUUCUGGAACAGCAACACUUAAGCCACGUCCAAGAGUCCGUCCUUUGUUGACUUUCUUACCUCUUAAUGCUCAAGAGCCUCAUGGAGUGGCUGUGCCAACGCCAUCAGUACCAGAAGGCUUUGAGGAAAAACCAGCUCUAGGACUAGCUUCUCAGAUCAAUGGCAAUUACAGAAAGUACAAUUCGGUUCUUGAUCUGAGGCCCAAGGCAUUUGAAGAGAACUACUUGGAUGAUGAAUACAUUCCACCACCACCACCUGUUCCCCCUCCUCCACCACCACCACCAGCGGUUGACAUACCACCACCUCCGAUGGAAGCUCCCCCUCCUCCUCCCAUGGAAGCUCCACCUCCACCUUCUGUGGAACCCCCACCCCCACCUCCACCAAUGGUGCCUCCACCCCCGCCACCUCUUCCAGGAAUGCCAUCGCCAUCUCCUUCAUCCCUGGCUCCACCUUCAUUCUCAUAUUCCAAUUUGUCUUCCCCCAGUACUCCAUCCCCACCAGACUUCAUUCCUCCUACUCCUCCGCCUCUGGCUUUUAGGGAUGGCAAAGCCCCUCGUAUGCCUCCCAUUUCACCAGCACUUCACACCCCACCAUUCUCCAAUGGUGUGUCCAAAUGGAAAUCUGAGACUGUUCUGAACCUGAGGCAGCCCGAAACCAUUUCCCCCAAUCCGAACCUUGCUUCUCCAAGCACUCCCACCCAUAAGGUGUCACUGUUGCCACAAUCCAGCCCAGAGCCUCACCUUACCUUUCCGAGGUCGUUAAAAGUACCUCCCCCGACUCCCGUGAGAACGUCCUCUAUAUCCUCAGCAGAAAAAGAAUCCAGUCCAAGAGAUGAGCAGCUCCCCAAGUUGACUCCUCAUAGCCGACCUGCCCUGCCAUCUAACUUUACUGUACGAAGUGCAGCCACGGUUCACCCAGAGGGAGAAGUCGCAGGGAAAGCCACAGUGGAAAAGCCUUCCAUGUUAACCACAGAGGCUGGAAGUUCAAAACGGACAUCAGAUUCUAAUGGCUCCUCUGCCUCCCUGCUGAAGCAAGAGGCACCACCAGGCAAAGAAACAGAUUCUUCGGACUGGGCGUCCUCUGAUGAUGAAGACUGGAAGGAACGCAGCAACCUGGACAAGCUAAAGCAUGAAUUGUCUGCCCUGCUGUCCUCUUCGUGCAGAAAGGAAGACAGGCCACUAGACAGAACUGUAUCUCCCAAGACUAAAGCCGACGUUACCAACAGCAACCAAGUUAUUCCAGAUGAACCAAAACAAGCUAGGCCUGCCGUGACAAGCCCCAAAUCACCAGCGGUUACAGAAAGCGAAAGGAAAGGAAUCAGGCCUGCUAAUACACCUUCCAUGGGCAAAGCAUCCCCCAGUGAUGCUUCCUCAACCCUAGACAACAAAUCCACCUCUGUGCAAGCAAACAGUGUUUUGAAAUUCAAAGAUGAACUGGAAGCCUUGUUGUCACCAACCAAGGACGGGGGGCCACCUUUGGCUUUUGCAAACCUAAGACAUACUCCAGAACCAAAGAAGCAAGUUACUCUUCAGUUUGGUGGCAGCCAGACCAAUAGUGGCGAGCCUGGGCUUCCAAAACCCACAGCAAGUCAGAAUACACCAAAGACGGAAGUGACAGAGAAAGAGCCUAAGAUUCCUAGCACCUCUGCUGGCCACUCGGCACCUGACAACACUUGUAAACCCCCAGCCUCUCCUCUGAAACCAAAGAAUGAACUCUUGGUUCCAUCUGCACCUUCACCAGCCUCUUCUGGCACGGCCUCACCUCUACUAAAUGCAUCUCCUAACACGGAUUUCUCUCUUUUCCAAUAUAAGAUGCAUAGGACGAGGUUUGGUUCCAUUGACAGCCUGGCUUCUGCGAGUUCUUCCCAAACGACAGAAGACGGAACCACCAGCACAAAUAAUAAUGAAAACCAAAGAGACUCAGCUGAGCGCAGGCCCUCAGAGACAUCCACAUCCUCUUGGAAGACAGAGAAAAUGAAUAGUGAAGUGUUGGUUCACCCUGUUACAGGAGAAAAAGUAGAGAGGGGAUCCCCAAUGGCUCUCCUCUUAGCUGCACAGCAGAGGGCCCAAAGAGGUAGAUCUUCUGCCUCUGCCUCCCGACAGAACAGCUAUUUGUCAGAGAGGCCCCAGUUCAAGUUAUCAGAGAAGUUGCACAGCAACAGCCAGUCAGAGACUGGGUCACCCACUAUUUACUACAGUGACUCCAAGCCCAACUCUGUCACGAUUGUACCAAAGUCUCCUCAAAAGGAAUCACUUGCAGCCUCCGAAAACAAGCAGCGUAAUGGAGCAGGUAUACCUGACAGCAGCACCUUGGGCUUGUCAGAGGGGCAAAGGGAUCAGAAGCCUCAGACAUUUUCCAGUGCCUCAGAACAAUGUGGGAAUGCGCAGAAGGUCAAGGAGAUGAAUGUCUCCCACAAUCUUCCCUCAUCAAACAGGCAUGGGACUUCCAUGUUAGUUCAAGGCCUCCUAAGUCACAGCAGGCAGGAAGCUCCCUUGCACUCUCUCACAGCACCCCAAAACCAUGCCAAAGACAACAACGAUGAGGUGGAAGAGGGUUUUGAUUAUGAGAUCAUUCCCCCUCCACCCGAGUUCAGCAACGAUGCCCAAGUGGUCCCAUACGAUUCUUCAAAAGGGGAGGAGAACCACAAAGCCCUUAAUAUCCCAGGUGGCAACCAGGCCUCAAAUAAGCAACUUAAUUCCAACCCUUCAAGCUAUAACUACAGUAACAGUUAUUCCCUGACAUCCAAAUCAAUUCUGGAAAACACCAUGAGGCCCAGUGGAUACAGUCACCAUUACCCAGGUGGGAGCUACUCCUCUAGCUACCUCAGUUCCUAUGACAACAGCCGUCCUCUGAUCAAGAAGCGCCUUUAUGUGACAGAGACAGAUAGGUCGUAUAGCCGGCCCACCAUGUCUUCUCGCAGCAUGAGCACACCCACCUCCUCCUACGGCCACAGUACAAUGUCAUACAACUCUCAGGCUGCGGAAGGGAUGCGCCGGGCCAACUCCACUCACAGGAAUGGUCCAAACAGUGCACAAGGGCGAAGGGUGUCCCUGGAAUUACCUGGGAAGAUGGUGACUUACAGUAAUGCUGUCAGUGAAGCCAUGUAUAAAGGCCAGAACGGAGAGUACACUAGCAACACAGCAGCCGCUGGCAGAGCCUCUCAUGGAAAUCAACAAUAUAGUGGAACUGCAAAUACAUUUACCGUCAGGCCUGGAGCACGACAACCCAUUUCUUAUUCAUACCAAGGAGGUCUUCGAUAAGGCAUGUACGAGGAAGCUGUAUCGCCUUGCACCAGCUUUGGCCAAGUUAUAGGCCUCGUCCUCUCUGCUUUGUUCUGGCUCUUCCUUUGAUAGCUGUAAAAUGAGGCACAAGAGCCUGUCCUAGACUGAAAGUAGUCCAAGCGUCCACUUGUAAAUAGACUGUAAGUUAUUAGGGACAAGGUAAGAAUGAGUUCUAAGGGCUUCUGUGCAAAAUGGAUAAGGG